AUCAUCCGUGUCACGUGGUCCAGUGGCUCCACCGAAGCCAUUUACCGGCGCUACAGCAAGUUCUUUGACCUGCAGAUGCAAAUGUUGGACAAAUUUCCCAUGGAAGGAGGACAGAAGGACCCUAAGCAGCGGAUCAUUCCCUUUCUGCCAGGCAAAAUCCUCUUCCGACGGAGCCACAUCCGGGACGUAGCUGUCAAACGCCUGAUACCAAUUGAUGAAUACUGUAAGGCCCUGAUCCAGCUGCCCCCCUAUAUAUCUCAGUGUGAGGAGGUACUGCAGUUCUUUGAGACAAGACCCGAGGACCUGAAUCCCCCCAAAGAGGAGCACAUUGGGAAAAAGAAAUCUGGUGGUGACCUGGCCUCGGUCGACCCCAUGGUGCUUGAGCAAUAUGUGGUGGUUGCAGACUAUCAGAAGCAAGAGAGCUCGGAGAUCAGCCUCAGCGUGGGACAGGUCGUAGACAUCAUCGAGAAGAAUGAGUCAGGUUGGUGGUUCGUCAGCACCGCAGAGGAGCAAGGCUGGGUCCCUGCGACCUGCCUCGAAGGGCAGGAUGGUGUUCAGGAUGAAUUUUCCCUACAGCCUGAAGAAGAGGAGAAGUACACAGUCAUCUACCCAUACACGGCUCGGGACCAGGAUGAAAUGAACCUGGAGAGAGGGGCCAUAGUGGAGGUCAUCCAGAAAAACCUGGAAGGCUGGUGGAAGAUCAGGUACCAGGGCAAAGAAGGCUGGGCCCCUGCCUCCUACCUAAAGAAGAGCAGCGGGGAGCCCUUACCCCCGAAGCUGGGCCCUGGCUUAUCUGCCCACUCGGGUGCCCUUGACCUGGAUGGUGUUGCCCGGCAGCAGAAUGCAGUGGGCAGGGAGAAGGAGCUGCUCAACAACCAAAGGGACGGCCGGUUUGAAGGCCGCGCAGUGCACGAUGGUGACAUUAAACAAAGAUCACCCAAGAUGAGGCAGAGACCCCCUCCGCGCCGGGAUAUGACCAUUCCUCGAGGUCUCAACCUGCCGAAGCCUCCCGUCCCGCCGCAGGUAGAGGAAGAGUAUUACACCAUCGCUGAGUUCCAGACCACCAUCCCGGAUGGCAUCAGCUUCCAGGCCGGCCUGAAGGUUGAGGUGAUUGAGAAGAACUUGAGUGGCUGGUGGUACAUUCAGAUUGACGAUAAGGAAGGGUGGGCUCCAGCAACCUUCAUUGACAAGUACAAAAAGACCAGUAAUGCCUCAAGACCCAACUUUCUGGCUCCUCUGCCCCACGAGGUGACCCAGCUCCGGCUCAGAGAUGCAGCAACAAUGGAGAACACUUCAGGCAGUGAGACCGUGGGUCCCUCCCGGCCCCUGCCCAAUGCCCCGCAUGGUGCCAUGGACUCAGGGAUGUCAUGGCCCAAAGACUGGAAGGGUGGGAAGGAGGCCCUGAGAAAGGCGUCUUCAGACAUGUCUGCCUCAGCGGGCUAUGAGGAGAUCUCAGACCCUGACCUGGAGGAGAAGCCCAGCCUCCCUCCACGGAAAGAAUCCAUCAUCAAGUCAGAAGGAGAGCUGCUAGAGAGGGAGCGGCAGAGGAUGGAGCAGCUCCGGGGCUCUUCAGCCAAGCCUCCUGGCAUGAUUUUGCCAAUGAUUCCAACCAAACAUGCACCAACAGUCCGGGACAACAGGAGGCCCGAGCCCAAACCUGACAAAAGCAAAUUGUUCCAACUCAAAAACGACAUGGGGCUGGAAUGCGGCCACAAAGUGUUGGCCAAGGAAGUAAAGAAGCCCAAUCUCCGGCCCAUCUCCAAAUCCAAAACUGAGCCACCGGAGGACAAGCCAGAAGCUGUUCCCCAGAAUCCAUUCUUGAAGUCGAAACCUCAUGUUAGGCCCAAACCAGCUCCAUCUCCCCGGACAGAGCCACCUCAGGGGGAAGACCAAGUGGACAUCUGUCACCUCAGGAGUAAGCUCAGGCCUGCCAAGUCCCAAGAGAAAUCUUUGUUGGAUGCGGACAGCCACCAGGCUGUUGGGGGCCAAGACACAGCCUUCAGCCGAAGUUUCCUCCCAGGGGAGGGACCUGGCCGUGCCCAGGACAGGUCUGCCAGACAGGACGGGCUCAGCCCAAAGGAGACGUCCUGCAGACCCCCUCCAAGGCCAGCCAAGGCCAUGGAGGCUGGACCUAAAAAUAUGCCCGUCCCUCUCCAAGACUCCACCCAGCAGAGACCCGUGGUCCCACCCCGAAGACCACCACCCCCUAAGAAAGCGUCAUCAUCCUCCAAGCCCCUCCCAGAGCUCAGAGGUCCACCAUAUGAAGCCAGCGAAAGCAGGGUGGUUCCUGCCGCAGGCCGUGCCCUGCUCGUCCCUCCCAAAGCCAAACCCUUUCUCUCCAACUCUUCUGGGGGCCAAGAUGACAUGCGAGGCAAAGGCGGGCUAGGGCCGUGGGUAGCUGGCAAGAUGGGAGAAAACAAGGAGAAAGCGGCCGCAGCCUCCUUCCCCAGUGCUGAUGGCCCAAAGGACUCUUUGUAUGUGGCUGUAGCCAAUUUUGAAGGAGAUGAAGAUACCAGCAGCUUCCAGGAAGGGACAGUAUUUGAAGUCCGGGAAAAGAACAGCAGUGGCUGGUGGUUCUGCCAGGUCCUUAGCGGUGCCCCUUCCUGGGAAGGCUGGAUUCCUUCCAACUAUCUCAGGAAGAAGCCAUAGCCUCCUGCCUUCCUGCCAGGAAGUCCUGCGGAUCCCUGCUGGCUUUCCCCGUGUAUUUAAUAUGUAUCCUAAUUUAUCAGUCUCCAUGCAGUUUCAAAGAAGGAAGCUACUGGAGUGCUUCUUUCUUCCCUCCCUGGGUAGAGAGUGAGUGGCUGAGAUGUCAGCAGCUCAGGUUGGGGCCUCCCAUCGCAGCAUUCCUGGAGCUCCGAAACCACAGCCCUUGCCGGAUAGAAAUCCACCUCAGCAUCCCUGCCUUAAGAGAACUCCUUCCUGGUCAGGGCCAUUGCCACCCAGCAGCGACACUUCCAGGCCUCCAGAUUUAGACCUGUCUCCUGGAGAAAUUCCAGACAGGGUCUCUCAUUGCUUGGACAAGGCAUGAUAAGCAGCAGCCCUGCCAGUUCACAACAACUUGCUCUAACUCGUUCAUAUAUCCAAAAGCCAGUGGCUAUUUUCGCUGUGUUCAGAAUGCCUGGUUUGAGGAAGAACAGUGUCCUGUAGAAGUCAGCUCUGUUGCCAGCCCCCAGGAAAGUGUCCUCUUCCCCAGGGCCUUGGGUCCUCCAGCCUCUGAAGCUCAACUGAGUGCAGCUCCCCCGGGAGUGGGGCUGGUGGAAGUCCGCUUGGCCAUCCGGCCUGCCAUCUUCUGCCCUGGGACUCUGACUGCUCCGAAGGGGUAGCUCCAGCCCCAGGCAUACUACAUUUCCCUGAUGCAGGGGCCAAUCCCUGCAAGGUUUCUAAAUGAGAAUUCCUACUCCCACUGGGGACAUUUCCUUCUUGUCUACCUAGAACAAAAGUCUCCAAGUCUGUCUGGCCUUUCACAAGGCGCACCCCUUGGCUGAGUAGUUAGUAGAUGCCAAACCGCAUACUUGGCAGUUUGCAUUUGUGUUUUAACCCUCAUGACCACCCUCCCCUUUGAUAUUGUACCCAUUUAUCAGUGAGGAAACUCGGCUCCAUGCCCCUAAGGACACACUAGCUGGGAAGAGGAGGAGAGAGGAUCUGAAUGCCUGUGCUCUUCCCCCUGUAAGAGGCAAACUCUCAGGGAAGUGUUGGAAGCUGGCUGGGUACCAGGAGCAGAUGGCCAUGUAGCUUCCCUGGGUGGACAAGGGGGCACUUGUGGCUGCUCCCACACCACCUUCCCUCUCAACCCCUGUGGCAUAUAUUCAGGUCUGCCUUGGACCCACAACAACUGCUUCUCCAGGGCAGGGAAGCCCCAGGAUCCUGGUAGUUGGCCCAGAGCCCUGUUCCCUGUCCGCAUGCUGAUGUCCCCUAGGAGACAGUGCAAAGCUGUGUUGUCCCCUAGGCGAUAGUGCAAAGCUCUGUUGUUAAAGGACCAGCAAUUGGGUCUCUACCAAACAAAAUAUAGCAAGCGGUAUGCCAGUAAGGAGACAGGCGCCCAAAGGAGCCAAGCAGACUCCUCCGUACCUGCCUGCUGUGGCCCCCUCCUCCUUUCUGGCAUAUCUACGGUAGUUGAUAUGUGCACUCUCCCUGGGAGAAACCUAGGGCAGCCCUUGUACCCUUUCGGCAGAUAACGGUUAAGUGAAAUCUAAAGAGCUAGAAUCGGGACCUGAGGUUCUAGCUUGCAGCCCAAAGCUCGUACCUGUGAAUUAGCUGCCAGGAGAUGAGAUUAGAAGCCCUUCAUCCACUGACCCUGCAGAAGAGGAGGGAACCCGAUCCCACUCUGUCCUGCCUGCCUCAGGGAUCUCCCAUUCACAGCGUUCAUCUGCUACGAUGCAUUUGACACCACAAAGCCAGCUUGCCUGGGGUUGUUUGCAUCUACCUGCAGUGCCAAAGACUUUGUGCAAAAAGCCCUCUUGUGCACACACUGCCCCUAGUCCCUACCAUAUGCCACACAGACUCUGGCUGCUUGCACAGAAGGAGGUUUCUCUGGUGCAACUGUAGCAUCUUUAGUACCUUCCUUCUUUGCUCAGCCUGUAAGAUCUAUACCCCAGGGAGUUUGGGACAAGCCUGAGGUGCUUCUUGCAAGAUACCUUGCCCCUUGACCCAUACCCAGGACCUUGGAGAAAGGUGGCAUUGAGGAGAAGGAAACUGGGAGAAGGGGACCCACCUCUUCAAGGUCCCCCUACUUGGAAGGAGGCCCCAUUGCAUGGUUUUCCUGAAUUUUUGACCCACUUUUGCUUAAAUAUCCUUUGUGAAGCUGUUUUGCAGGGUUUGAUUAACUUUUAAGGGACAAAACUACUUGGGUAUUAUGUGUCUAUGAUUUGAUUUUGGCUUUCAGUGACUUUUUAAGUAUUGUGUGCACACCUACUAUAUAUGGUGGCGCUGGGUAGACCAGAGUGUGAUGGCUCCAUCCCUGGUGUCACGAGCUGUGAGUUGUAUCUGCCAACACUGCUGAAGACGUGUCUUUUGCCUUGCCUCCUUCCACCAGGUCAGCCUGCUCUGACUUCCUGUGGACAGACAUUUCUCUGCAAAUGGAAAAAGAAUUUGGUUUUUUCACUGCUAUUAUUAUGCUAAUGUGAACUAUAGAUAC